UCGCUCAAUUGUCAAAAAUGAACUAGGUUAUUUUUAUCAGUUGAUUGUUAACAAGGGAAAAGAGAAUUUUAUUUCGGUGGAAGCUGUUGGAAGCAUUGUCACCAAUUUGUAUUUUGUAGGAAGUUUAAAUUCUGUUUUGCUUUAUAUAUUUAUUUAAAUAAAUAGGUUAAUAAAAAUGUGAUAUUAACAUGUUUGUUUUGAUAUUGUUAUAUGAAAAUUUAAUGAGGAUUUGAUGAUAAAAACUAAUCUAUGUAUGCAAUAAACCGCGCAAGCAAAAUGACUCUGCAAAAUUUAUCACAGGAGUCGCGAGGGCAUGUGAGCAAGGGGUAUAUGGUUCAUGGGUAAUGAGAGAUUUUUUUGAUUGUUUACCUUCAUAUUUUUUUAUGUACCUCAUUUGUAUUUUGAUUUUUCUUUUUCUGUAGCGAUCUAUUGGAUGCCACUCUAGAGGCUGUUCGAGUUGUGACCUUAUUUAUCUUUAUUCGCUGUAAAAUAAAAUGGGUAAAAUCGGCCUGCUUGUGUUGACAAAUCCAUUGAAAAUCACUAGACUAUUACCUUCUAUCUGCGAGCAUGUCAGAGGGACGUUGUACGUCCAGUACUUGCCGCUAGGGUGUGGCAAGAAACUGUCUUACCCGCAGUCCUUGGAGGACAAUGUCAAGAUACUACAUUAUAGUAGUGUAAUUAACGAAGUAUACAGUCACACUGCUACACUUCAAGAUCUAGAUGUUCGGGUUUUAAUGCAUUCCUUAAAGCAUCCAGAGUCAGGAAACAUUCGUACGAAAAAGCCUAUUGAAGUUGUAAUAUUUGAUCAAGUUUUCUCGAAGGAUGAAAUUAAUAGGUUUGUAAAAGAUUGUGUGUCAACUUCAACUGUUGAUUGCAAUGUUGUCACGAAUGAAUUGAACUCUACGCUAUUACCUUCUGCGUUAAAUUUUGAAUCAACGGAAGACUUCAAAACCUACGAUAACGUAGUUCUGGGUGGUACGUUUGACGGGCUUCAUAAUGGCCACAAAAUAUUGCUGAGUGAAGCAGUUUUGAGAUGUAACAAGAGGAUAACAGUUGGCGUGACAGAUAUGGCUAUGAUCAAGUCUAAGGUACUCUGGGAGUUGAUAGAACCGUGCAGCCAGCGAAUCAGUUCGGUUGAAGAUUUCCUGCAAGAUGUUGACCCCAGCCUCCACUACAGUGUUGUUCCCAUCGAUGAUCCAUUUGGGCCAACUAAGGAAGACCCUUCAUUUGAGAUGAUCGUGGUGAGCGCGGAGACGCAGAGGGGCGGGCUGAAGGUGAACGAGCUGAGAGCGCGGCUCGGCCUGCCGCGGCUCGACGUGCACACGGUGCAGCUGCUGGAGACGGACCGUCCGGCCGAGGAGGAGGAGGAGAAGAAGCUGAGCUCCAGCAACCGCCGGCUGAGGCUGCUCGGCACGCGCCUCAGGACGCCGCCCCCGCGACCAGACCUGCCCGCCCGGCCGUACGUGGUGGGGCUGACGGGCGGCAUCGCGAGCGGCAAGUCGUCGCUGAGCGGUCACCUGCGGGCGCUGGGGGCAGGCGUGGUGGAGUGCGACGCCCUCGCGCACGGCCUGUACGCGCCCGGCCGGCCGCUGCACGGUGCCCUGGCGGCAGCGUUCGGCCGCGGCGUCCUGGGGCCGGGCGGCGAGGUGGACCGCAAGGCCCUGGGAGCAGUCGUGUUCCGGGACCAGGGGCAGCUGGCGCGGCUGAACGUGCUGGUGUGGCCCGAGCUGAGGACGGCGGCGCGGCGGCGGGCGGAGGAGCUGAGCGGCGCGGGGCACCGCGUGGUUGUGGUGGAGGCCGCGGUGCUGCUACAGGCGGGCUGGGAGGCCGACUGCCACGAGGUGUGGGGCUGCAUCGUGUCCCCGGAGGAGGCAGUGCGCCGGCUGAGGGAGCGUGACGGCCUGACGGAGGAGGAGGCGUGCCGGAGGCUGGCUGCACAGCCGAGCAACACGGAGGUGGUGGCACGCUCGCACGUGGUGUUCAGCCCCGCCUGGUCCGUGGCCUUCACGCGAACACAGGCGCAGCGGGCCUGGGCGCAGCUGCUCCGAGAGCAGCCGUCCCUCGCUAGCCCGCCUCCCGGGGGGAGAACAACAACAACACAACAGUAGAAGAAACGUUAAAACGUUAAAAAAGGAAAGGAAAAUAUCUGUCCGAAUUCUGCUGGAAAGUCGGGGAACAUUGUUACGAGCGGGGAAAGCUGGUUCGGUUAAUCAACGAUGUUCCCACGACUAAUGGCAUAGUUGGGGAAGGGGAAGAGGGGUAGCGAGAAGGCGCGUAGCGGUAACGAAGGGAUGCGCGCUAUUUGCCAAGCGCGCAGUCUCCCUCGUGACAAUAUUAUUUGAAAUCUGGGGGGGAAAGACUUUUUAUAAAUCUUGUUCAGUAGAGACAAGAUUUUAUGAUUUUAUUUUCAGGCCAAUUUCCUUUUUAAAACGGAAUGUUUUCCGUUUUUUUUUUAUAUGAAGUGUGCUGAUUAAAAAUGACACCAUAUUACUGAACAAAUAUGAUACUUAAAUGUUCCACGGUACUGAUUUAUUUCCAAAACAGUGUUGUCGUUUAGACUGAUACGGGAUGCACUUUUUUCAAUAUAAUGAUUGGUAAUACGCUUAUCUAAUUUUUGGAAUAAAUAAAUUAAAUCUGUUGAAGUAUUUCUUUUUUUGAAAAAUUGUCUAAGGUCAUUAUGUAAAAAUGUGCAACUAAUUACAGUUGCAAGAUUUAAAAAAAAAGUAAACUUUUCCAAGUUCUUUUUAUUAAAUUGUGGUACAAAGUCAUGCUAAAUAAAUUUUUUUAAUAUAAUAUUUAAAAGUUUAGGUAUUCUGUCAUUACAGUUAAGUGUUAAUUGAAAAUGCUGAUAAGUUUCAUGAUUUUAAUUGCAUUUCUGUGCUUUGUGGUGUAUGGACAUGCUUUUCGGUUUUAUCGUAGUUCACCGUUUAUCCUUGUCCCUACCAGGGACGUCGGAACGUUUUCAUGAGUGGGGGGGCAAAAAGAUGUAUCACACUUACCUCAGACCUAGAGCGGGGGGGUCCGGAGGCCCUCCCCUGGAAAAAUUUGGAAUUUUAGAUGCAAAAUUGUGCUAUUUAAUGAGUUACCGAACCACAAUAUUAAAUAUACCAUUCCAAGAAUUUGAUGACGUAGUAUGUAUUAAAUACUACUCUGACAGUAGAUGCAGUACAAUUUAAAUAAAAUACCAUCUAGGAAUUUGCAAUCAUUUUACAGUAUAUUGACAUUCAUAAAUUUGAUUUUAUAAUCAAUGUGAUCACCAAUGCAACGUUUGUAACUACUGGUUGAGAACAAUACUACUAGGACCAAACAUUUAUUCUGGGAAAAGGAGGGGGGGCGAAAUGCUACUCUCGCCCCCCCAUGCACAACAGCACGGGGGCGACUCGCCCCUGCUCCCCCCCACCCCCCUGUUUCGACGUCCCUGGUCCCUACUUAUAAGUGGAUUACAAACAAAAACCUACAAUUUUUUUUAAGAUUGUACUGAGGAAAUAUAUUUAAAAAUGAGGUAUACUAAAAUUACAUAUAGUAAUGAUACUACAGACUUUGAAAAGGUUAGUAAAUGAAAACCCAAAAAAAUAAAUGUGUCGGAGGUAUCAGGGGUGGAAAAGCCACUAUGUUCAACAUGAUGGCUGCCCUGUGGUCAGUUUAAGUUUAUUUUUGUUGUGUUUUUUAAUAUCCCUGUCUUGAAAUAUGUACCACUAUUGUUAUAUAUUUAUUUUAUUGUAUUGAUUACCACUGUGGCUAUUUAAAAGGAGUAUUGACAUUGUGAUGAUGAUUUUAGGACUUAAUGCUAAAUCUGUCUGUUGCAACUACAGUGGUGGGUACAUAGUAUUCAUAUCGUAAGGGUGUUAUUUUUUAAAAACAAUCAUUACUGUGUGUGCUCAAAUAGAAGACUGUCUCCCAUGCAAUAAUAAUAGUGCCAAAAACUUUGCUUUGUUCCCAACUGUUCCUGAAAGGCACUUUGAUAUUUUGUGUAAAUUUUAUUUUAUGCUGUUUUAUUGUAUGUGAAUUUGGGAAAAACAGUUCCAAGCGAGGGGUGAAAUGUGUAAUUAUUUUUCAGUUAAGGCACGGGUAACAAUAAUUUAAGACGGUUUCGGUUCAAGUUUAUCUGUGUUUGUGGAUACUUGGGGAAAGUGUGUCAUAUAAUUGUUGCAUGCAGAAUAGAAAAAUAGUUGUUUAUACAGAGAAGUUUGUAAACUACAUUGUGAAGGUUGAUUGUUUUUAAUUUUACUGUACUAACAUAUAAAAUAGGUCAAUUUUACCAUUUGAAAUAUUCCAAAUGCAAUGGGAAAAAUAAUUGUAUAACAUUUAUUUUAUGUUUUUAUGGGUAUUAAUUACCUGAUGUUACUGUUUCUAAGAUGUUACGUUACUGAUGAUUGUUAUGUGCCGCCCUUAGAACUAUCAUGUAAGGCUGUGGUAAUAAAUAAUUUUAAUUAUUGUUACAUAAA